AUUUUCAAUUUUUUCACAACGCAUUCCAACCUUUCUUUGCAUUUUGACACAUUCAAAUUUCUCCACCUUUACAUUCCACAGCUUACUCCACAAUAUUUUUUCUUGUACAUUUUUUACUUCACGCAACGCCCACCCUCUCUAACUUAUUGACACAUAAUGUACGAGUCCUCGCUCAAUGGCGGUCAUUCGUACUCGACACCAACCUCACCGGCCCCAUACAACAACAAUUCACAGCCAAAUGAGAAGAAGCAGGCAUACGACAAAGAGCUAGCGUCGGUGUUUCGAGCGUCAGCCGCCAAUGUUACGCAGCUUUUCAAAAUGGCAAGCGAAAACUGGAACACAGCGCACAGUGCCGGGUACGAGCAGUGCUACGACGAUAUAUGCGAGUACUUUGCUGCUGCGGCGAAUGCAGAAGGCACGAUGGCGCAUUCCGAGAGCAACCAACUGAGCAUGCAGAGGCUAAUUGAGUUUGCCCGGCUAAAACGCUUAGCGCAGAGACCGACACAUUUUGGACCGGGGGCUGGACGCUCUCCCUCGACACCUAGCCAGCAGCAUGAUUACCAGCAACGCCGGCACAACAUUGGAACGCAAGAUUUCCCGGAAAAUGUAGAUAUUGCGUUGAAUAUUGCCCUUAAUGAUCCACAAUCCCAGGUGGAGCUGCAGCAAAAUGUUUUGGACAACCAUGAGGUAGAAUUUGUUUUUAAAUGGGCUACGUUAAAUGUUUGCGCUCCUUAUUAUUGUUUUACGGAAAUAUGUAAAGGACUUUCCAACAGUAUUAUUCAUAUCAUUUAUACCCUAUUUUCGUAGAUAUCGAACGCGCCUUUAUUGGAGGCGGCCAAGCCCACAGAUGCACAGUGUGGCCACGUAUUUAAUAUCCCAGAAGGCGAUUCUGGAGAUGCGGCGACGCCUCAAAGACUUGGCGAAGUUAGUGCUAGAGACCAGGUUUCUGAUGACUGCGACAAUAUUUUAGCAUCGUCCCCGAUGGUCAACGAUGGGCAGCGCCUGCUGCGGGGCAAGCGUGCGCUCGAGUACUUUGACUUGAUGGACGUUGAGCCCCCGAGGCGGAGGCAGCGCAAGGACGAUAUUGAUAUGGCCUAAUAAUUGUCUUUCAAGAUGCUUAGCAAUAUAUCAGGAUUAAUCAAUUUAUAAUUUGUAAAAAAAAUGUAAAUGGUGUUCGCUUUAAAAAUAUGAAUGGCA